UUUUAUCUCUUCCCAUGUAUGUAUGUAUCUUCUUCAUCUUUUGGGUUGAUCUCGACUUGUGUUUCUUCGUUUAACCUGCCGAUUUUAUCUCUUUUCUGUGCGAUUUGCCGUCUUCGUUUGAACUAAAUUUGGGGCUUUUUGGUUCUUUCGGGGAUUUGUAACUUUGAGGUUUUGCGGUCUAAAAUCACUGCUUUGAUUGCUAUAGGGUUGAACUGCCCUUGCAGUGAGUGCAAGUUUAUCUUAUUAAGAGUUGCUACUCCUCCUCAAAGGGAACAUGCAGAAAGGAGAUGCUGGACCAAUUGAUCUGGACAAGACAACAACGACAUUGGAACCUGAUAAGACGAGCAGUGGGGGUCUUUUUGUUCCUGGGAAAGAGAGAGUAGUUUUUAAACCUUCAGAACGGAAAUCACUUCUAGGGCUUGAUGCCUUGGCGAUUGCUAAAAGGGGAGGGGCUACUGUAGAGAGUGAAUUUAAAGUUCCAAGGGAGAAACUUGCUUCAUUUGCGUCAUCUUUAGAUGAGGAUGAAGAGUCAUCUGCUGCUUCUGGAAUUGAUGAGUUGGGACAUACUGCAUCUAAUGUUUCACGGAAUAAUGUACAGAGGAGGUAUCGUGAAUCUUAUGCUAGUGAGACAUCUGUUUCAGGUAGUGCAGUAACCUAUGAACGGGAAGAUGCUGAGACAGUCGUGAGGCCUCCUCACUUGAAUGAGAACACAGAGGUUCCGGCUGCAUCUUCUGGGAGUUUACGUUCUAUGAUAUCUAGGGGCGAGUCAGUUGACCGUGAAAGAGAUGGAAGUAAAUACAGGGAUAAUUACAGAAGUGAAAGCAGGGAAGGGAGAAGGAGAGAUAGAAGAACCAGCAGGGAAGAGCACCACUAUAGGGAUUCAUCACGUGGUUAUGAAAGAGAAUAUGAUGGGGAUGACGGAAGAAAAAGAAGUAGAUAUGAUGGUUUCAGGAGGACUCCUGGAAGAUCGGAAUGGGAUGAUGGUAGAUGGGAGUGGCAAGAUACCCCUCGUCGUGAAAGUCGUUCCAGUAGUAGUAGCAGGCGUUAUGAGCCUUCACCAUCACCAAAGUUUCUUGGUGCUUCACCUGAUUCUCGACUUGUUUCCCCAUGGCUCGGGGAUCAUACUCCUCAUUCUGCUGGAUCUGCUUCUCCGUGGGACAGUGUGGCUCCUUCUCCAACUCCAAUAAGGGCAUCUGGGUCAUCUGUAAGAUCUUCAAGUUCCAGAUAUGGUGCAAAAUCCAGUUUGAUUAUGUCUUCUACAGGAGGUGCUCUGUCUGAGGACGGAGGAGAUGACACAAAUGGUGCCUCUGAAGAUCAGAAUGAAGAGAUUACUGAAAGUAUGCGUUUAGAGAUGGAGUAUAAUUCAGAUCGUGCCUGGUAUGACCGCGAAGAAGGUAGUACAGUGUUUGAGGGGGAUGGUUCAUCAGCAUUUCUAGGUGAUGAGGCAUCUUUCCAGAAGAAAGAGGUGGAAUUGGCCAAAAAACUGGUUCGUAGAGAUGGAAGCAAGAUGUCACUUGCUCAAAGUAAAAGGUUAUCACAGCUCACUGCAGACAAUGCUCAAUGGGAGGACCGCCAGCUUUUGAGAUCUGGAGCUGUUAGAGGUACCGAGGUGCAGACAGAGUUUGAUGAUGAGGAUGAACGGAAGGUUAUUCUUCUUGUUCACGAUACAAAGCCUCCCUUUUUGGAUGGAAGAAUUGUUUUCACCAAGCAAGCUGAGCCGAUAAUGCCAAUAAAGGACCCAACGUCAGAUAUGGCCAUAAUUUCACGUAAAGGUUCAGCUCUAGUUCGGGAAAUACGUGAAAAACAAAACAUGCACAAGUCUCGUCAAAGAUUUUGGGAGCUGGCUGGUUCAAAACUCGGAGAUAUCCUUGGUGUGGAGAAGAGUGCAGAGCAGGUUGAUGCGGAUACUGCUACAGUGGGCGAGGAUGGUGAGGUGGAUUUUAAAGGAGAAGCUAGAUUCUCACAGCACUUAAAGAAAGGGGAAGCUGUCAGUGAUUUUGCAUUAUCAAAAACACUUUCACAGCAAAGGCAGUAUCUGCCCAUCUUCUCUGUGCGAGAUGAUUUAUUGCAGGUGGUUCGCGAAAACCAGGUGGUGGUUGUUGUUGGAGAAACUGGUUCUGGAAAGACAACACAGCUAACUCAGUACCUUCAUGAAGAUGGCUAUACAAGUAAUGGGAUUGUUGGUUGCACCCAACCCAGGCGUGUGGCAGCCAUGAGUGUUGCAAAAAGAGUCAGUGAAGAAAUGGAAACUGAGCUUGGUGAUAAAGUUGGAUAUGCCAUUCGUUUUGAAGAUGUCACUGGGCCAAGUACUGUUAUCAAGUACAUGACUGAUGGUGUUCUUCUAAGGGAAACACUCAAAGAUCCUGAUCUUGAAAAAUAUCGUGUAAUUGUAAUGGAUGAGGCCCAUGAGAGAUCACUUAACACUGAUGUCCUUUUUGGCAUUCUUAAGAAGGUUGUGGCUAGGCGACGUGAUUUUAAGCUUAUUGUCACUUCUGCCACUCUGAAUGCCCAGAAGUUCUCUAACUUUUUUGGGAGCGUACCAAUAUUUCACAUACCUGGAAGAACCUUUCCAGUUAAUAAAUUGUAUAGUAAAACCCCAUGCGAAGAUUAUGUCGAAGCUGCAGUUAAGCAAGCCAUGACCAUCCAUAUUACUAGUGCACCGGGUGAUAUACUCAUCUUCAUGACUGGUCAGGAUGAGAUUGAAGCUACCUGUUAUGCACUUUCAGAGCGCAUGGAACAGCUUACCUCGUCAGCAAAGCAAGCAGUGCCCAAUCUAUUGAUUCUUCCUAUAUACUCUCAACUGCCCGCUGAUUUGCAAGCAAAAAUAUUCCAGAAAGCUGAAGACGGGGCUCGAAAAUGCAUUGUUGCUACUAAUAUUGCUGAAACAUCCUUGACUGUCGAUGGAAUUUACUACGUCAUUGAUACAGGCUAUGGUAAAAUGAAGGUGUACAAUCCUCGUAUGGGUAUGGAUGCUCUGCAAGUGUUCCCUAUUAGUCGAGCUGCAGCUGACCAGCGUGCUGGUCGAGCUGGUAGAACUGGCCCAGGAACUUGUUACCGGCUUUAUACUGAGAAUGCGUAUGAGAAUGAAAUGCUGCAAAGCCCCGUGCCAGAGAUUCAACGGACAAAUCUUGGGAAUGUGGUUUUGCUGCUCAAGUCUCUCAAAAUUCAGAACCUGUUGGAUUUUGAUUUUAUGGACCCACCUCCUCAGGAUAACAUCCUUAACUCCAUGUAUCAGUUGUGGGUAUUAGGUGCACUUAACAAUGUUGGGGAUUUAACAAGCCUUGGCUGGAAAAUGGUGGAGUUCCCAUUGGAUCCUCCCCUUGCCAAAAUGCUCUUGAUGGGAGAACAACUAGACUGCUUAAAUGAGGUUCUGACUAUUGUUUCUAUGCUUUCAGUGCCUUCAGUUUUCUUUAGACCCAAGGAUAGGGCUGAGGAAAGUGAUGCCGCUAGGGAAAAGUUUUUUGUGCCAGAAUCUGAUCACCUUACACUGCUUAAUGUUUACCAGCAAUGGAAAGCUAAUCAAUACAGGGGGGACUGGUGUAAUGACCACUUUUUACAGGUCAAAGGUCUGCGCAAGGCUAGGGAAGUAAGGUCUCAAUUGCUGGAUAUCCUCAAGACACUUAAAAUUCCACUCACUUCCUGUGGUCCUGAUUGGGAUGUUGUAAGGAAAGCCAUCUGCUCUGCCUACUUCCAUAAUGCAGCUAGGCUGAAAGGAGUUGGGGAAUAUGUUAAUUGCAGGAAUGGAAUGCCUUGCCACCUUCAUCCCACUAGUGCUCUCUAUGGAUUGGGUUACACUCCUGAUAACGUGGUUUAUCAUGAGCUUAUCUUGACAUCAAAGGAGUACAUGCAGUGUGUGACAGCUGUGGAGCCUCACUGGUUGGCUGAACUGGGGCCCAUGUUUUUCUCCGUGAAAGAUUCUGAUACAUCAAUGCUGGAACAUAAAAAGAAACAGAAAGAGGAGAAAACUGCCAUGGAGGAAGAAAUGGAGAAGUUGCGUACAGUACAGGCUGAAGCUGAGAGACGAAACAAGGAGAAGGAGAAGGAAAAGAGAGCAAAAGAACUGCAACAGGUUUCUAUGCCUGGUUUGAAGAAAGGCUCGACUACUUAUUUACGACCUAAGAGGCUCGGUCUGUAAAUUACAUUUUUUGCUGUAGUUGCUAGAUAUGGUGUGAUGACUCUUGUCCCAGUGCAAAAACCACGUACAAUUCUCAGCCCAUCUCUUAGUCAUCCUCAAAUUAAUUUAGUGGAAGGAGAUUCAGAGAACUAAAAAAUUCAAAAGAAAGUUUACAGUCAACAAAUGCAUGCACAAGCUGAAAGUUUACAGUCAACAAAUGCAUGCACAAGCUCCUUCAUAUAGCAAUUAUCUUUACCUCUUGCAACCCUGAAUUUGACGAGCUUGUAUAAGUUUCUUGAUAUAACAGUUACAUUUGCUCCUUUUGAUCAUUUGAACGUUUGGGUUUUAACUACUUUUGGCAGCAUUCAGAUUUGCAGAUUUGCAGAUUUGCUACUAUUGUUGUGUUACAUUAUCUUCUUAUCUGGAGUGAUAUAGAAAGGAUAAUCUACAAUC